GCAGGACAAGCAGGAGCAACGUCCACUUUUAUGCUUAACGAAGUACACAGACAUGCUCAUGAGGUGUGCGUGCUUGGGGCUAGCCCUUCUGCAGCCAGGAGUCUAUGGACUAGCUCCAUCUUUUGUAUGGUUAUAUCCUGCUCGAGGUGGCGCACAAAGAGCUGCGUCUCGCAUGCCCGGAUGCCGCAUGGCAGCAGCCGGGGAAGCGGCGAGUUCCGCGUCUGGUGCUGCUGAUACGGCCAAGGUGACCCUCUACGAAGAGUUCUCCAGGUACGCCGAUAGAAGAUCUGUGGCGCAAGAGGUCAUCUUCGAGAUUACUUCAGCGGAGCACUUCGAGGACGUGGUAUCUAGGGCAGCAGGGGCGGAUGAACAUGAGGGGUACGAGGACGCUCAAGGAAACUGGAGAGUUCCACACAAACUCAUGAUGGUCCAAAUUCAUGCCGGCUGGUGCCGUGUUUGCAAGGGACUGCAACCUAAAUUGCUGAAGCUCAUCACCAAGCACCCUGAGGUUCUGUGCUGCAAGAUCAACAAGGCACACCACGAGGAGCUUGCGGCAAAGCUGGGUGUGCGUGGGCUGCCGAUGCUCAUCUUUUACAAGAACGGAAAGCGGGUGGAUCACCACACAACUGCCAACAUCAACACAAUAGAGGAGGCCAUCAGAGAUAAUACUUGAUACUGUUACAAAGACAGGCUAAAUGUGCCUUGAGCACUUGCGCACAGCUGUUGGCAACCCCGUAAACGAUACGUAAGUAAAUUGCUACAUACGAAUACAAUAAAACACAAGCAGUAACUAGUUUUGGUGAGUGUUAAAUGUACAUGGGUGAACGACGACGUCGUAUUGUAUGCACAACCCAGCUAACAUGAAGCACAUUGCACUCG